GCGGGUUUCGUCUGACGGAAAAAAACGAUGUUAGGUCGUGACGUAAUCGGUAGAACGGUUCCGUGCGAAAAUGUCCCAGCGAGGCUCCCGUACUGUAGCCGGACAUUGCCUGCGACUGUGGAAUUGAAACCUGGACUGUGAAAGUAAUAACGGAGACGUCACGAUGGCAGAAUUCACGGCGCUGGACAGUUUAAUGGAGAUGGGCUUCAGCAAAAACAGAGCAGAGAGGGCUCUGGCUCACACUGGGAAUCAGGGGAUAGAGCGAGCGAUGGACUGGAUAAUGGCACAUGAAAGUGACCCUGAUAUUGACGAGCCCUACGUUCCUCCAGCUGGUCAUGUUUUGGGGUCCGAUCCGACCCAGCUCACUCUGACCCCCCCUCCAGCCCCCCCGACAGAUCCCGCGGCCGUAGUGGCUGCAGAAGGGUCACAGGAAGAACAGAGCAAACGACCUCUGACAGAGGAAGAGAAACAAGAACAGAUAAAACGGCUGGAGGAGCUGAUGCGUGUGAAGCAGCAGGAGAGAGAGGAGCGAGAGAAGCAGGAGGAGGUGGAGAGGGAGAGAGAGAGGAGGAGGCACGGCCAGGAGCUGCUGCAGGUCAAGCAGAGGCUGCAGGAAGAGGAGAUGAAGAAGCUGGCGGAGGAGAGGAAGAGGGAGAAGAUCGAGGAGAAGCAGGCCAGACAGCGGGUUCGAGAUAAGAUCGAGAGGGACAAGGCAGAGAGAGCUAUGAAGUUUGGAGGGGGUUGCUCCAGAGCUGCCCCUGUGACCCCCCCAGUGGAGGCCCCUCCCACCUCCCCGCCCGCCAGCCAGGGCCCCCCCCCAGCCAAGAGGGAAUACGAUGAGUGCAGGAUACAGGUGCGCUUGCUGGACGGCUCGGCGCUGACCAGUGCGUUCAAGGCCCGGGAGCCGCUGGCCGCAGUGCGGCUCUACGUGGAGCUGAACCGGACUGACGGGGCCGAGGAGUUCACACUGCUCACCCCCUUCCCCAGGAGACAGUUCACUGAGGAGGACAUGGAGACGCCACUGCAGGAGCUGGGUCUGGUUCCUUCAGCAGUCUUAAUGGUUGCCAAGAAGUAAAGAAAAUAAAGACCAGACACCAAGAGAGAGACGUCACAUGACCUGAACCCAAGCAUAGCCCCGCCCCCUCUGACCAGGAGAGAGAGAGAAGCAUGAUCCGGGACGGAAAAACUCAAACGCAACAAAACACUCGGGACUAUUAAAAAAAUGAAACACACACACACACAAAAGAAGCAGUUUGUACAAAAUGGUGAAUAAUAAUUGGACUUGAAUUAUUAUUAUUAUUAUUAUUAGUUUUAUUUUUUUUUUGGUUUCUCAAUCCUUGAUUUACUGUUCUUAAUUAUAACUCUUUGCUUCGCUUCUCGCGCUGGCCAAUUAAAAGCGAUCGCUGAACGAA